AUGGACAAUUUCUACAUCUACCUUUCAAUAUUUUUAACUCUCUAUGUAUUAACAAAGCACUUCCUUUCCAAGCUCCAAAACCUUCCGCCUAGCCCAUAUCCCUCUCUUCCCAUAAUAGGUCAUCUAUAUCUUCUCAAGAAACCCCUUCACCGAACUUUCUCACAAUUCUCAAACCGGCAUGGCCCCACGCUUCUUUUCCACUUCGGAUCUCGUCCUGUCAUCGUAGUCUCAUCACCUUCGCUAGCAGAAGAGUGUUUCACAAAAAACGAUAUCGUAUUUGCCAAUCGUCCUCGCCUGAUUAUUGGGAAACACCUUGGCUAUAACUACAGUAGCCUUGCCUGGGCUCCCUAUGGCGAUCACUGGCGCAACCUCAGGCGGAUAUCGUCCCUCCACCUUUUAUCUACCCAUCGCCUGCAAACUCUGUCUAGUAUACGUGCUGAUGAGGUCAAGUCACUGAUUCGCUUUCUUUCAAGCAAGCAAAACCAGAUGGUGGACAUGAGACAAUCUUUCUUUGAGUUGGUCCUGAACGCGAUGAUGAGGAUGAUUGCUGGGAAGCGGUAUUAUGGCGAAACAGACGCAGAUUCCGAGGAAGCAAAGAGGUUUCGGGAGAUUCAGGUGGAGACCUUUACGUUGAGUAACACUCCUAAUCUUGGAGACUUCAUACCUAUUAUGAAGUGGAUUGGACCCAAAAGGACAGAGAAGAGGUUGACUGAGUUGCAUAUGAAGAGAGAUGGGUUUAUGCAGAAUUUGAUAGAAGAACAUCGGAAAACAUUAGCGAUUGAUGAUUCUAGCGAAACACAAGGCAGAAAGAAGAACAUGAUUGAGGUCUUGUUGUCGCUGCAAAAAACUGAACCAGAGUACUAUAAAGACGAGAUGAUUAGAGCCCUUAUGCUAGUUCUACUAUUGGCUGGGACGGAUAGCUCGGUGAACACUAUGGAAUGGGCACUUUCUCUCUUGCUUAACCACCCGAAAGUUCUACGGAAGGCCCAAGCAAAAAUAGACAACAUUAUGGGACAAAACAGAUUGAUCAAUGAAUCCGAUCUAGCUCAUCUUCCUUACAUCCGUGGGAUCAUAAGCGAGACAUUGAGAAUGUACCCUCCAGGACCACUGCUAAUGCCUCAUGAGUCAUCACAAGAUUGCACCGUAGGAGGUUAUUGGGUUCCCGGAGGCACCAUGCUAUUUGUAAACUUGUGGGCAAUGCAAAAUGAUCCUAAAACCUGGGUGGAUCCUGGAGAAUUCAAGCCAGAGAGAUUUGGGGGCUGCGAAGGAAUGAGAGACGGAUUCAGAUUCAUGCCUUUUGGGAUAGGUAGAAGGGGAUGCCCUGGGGAAGGCUUGGCAAUGUCUAUUGUUGGAUUGGCUUUGGGAUCACUGAUUCAAUGCUUUGAGUGGGAUAAGAUUGGCGAGGAGAUGGUAGACAUGAAAGAAAGGAGUGGAUUAAAUUUCACAAAGGAUCAACCUUUAUAUGCUAAAUGCAGGCUUCGUCCAAGCAAGGUUAAGGUCAUUUCUGAAAUAUGAAUCAAGGUAGUUACUUAGAGCAAUAAAUAAGCUUUCGCUUAGUGAUAUAUGAAUCGUUUUCAAAAAUA